AUGUCUAAGACUACAUCUUUGAAACAAAUAAAAAAAUCUACAAGUGAGGUUUUAACCACAAUUCCGGAAGAUUCCAUCAAUGAUGAUUCCACAAAUUUAAAAAUGAAUAUCGGCGCCAAUUCAUUGAAAAAACAGGCUCAAACGACUGGAAAUAUCAACAAGGAGUUGAAUAAAUCAACAACUUUGAUACCUAAGGGAGAAACACAAUUAAGAUCUGUCGAUUUCCUGCACACUGUUGGGAAGCAAAAAACCACAACCCUAGUAUCAAAGAGAAAAACACUAGUUCUUGAUUUGGAUGAAACCUUGAUCCAUUCAUCUUUUGAGCCAAUCGAAAACUACUCAUUCACACUACCAAUAAUGCAAGAUGGUGUGGAGAAAAAGAUAUACGUGGGCAAAAGACCAUUUGUCGACGAGUUUCUGAAGACAACAUCUAAAAUCUAUGAUAUCGUGAUAUUUACUGCAGGGUUAAAAUCUUACGCAGACCCAGUGAUAGAUCAACUAGAUGUCAAUAAGGUGUGUAAAAGGCGUUUCUUCAGGGACAGCUGCAUUUACUUUAACGGAUACUAUAUCAAAGAUUUAACAAUCGUAACAAAAUCGUUAAAGGAUGUUAUAAUAAUUGAUAAUUCACCAGCUUGCUACUGCUUAAACCCGAACAACGCAAUACCAAUUCUGAGCUGGUUUGAUGACUCUAAUGAUAUAGAACUGUUCAAUUUAUUGCCACUACUGGAUCAUCUAUCGAAAGCAGACGAUGUGACCAAAAUACUAUCAAAUUUAACCAAAGAAGGCUUCGAAAUAGAUGAACAAUGA